CUACGCCUUAUAGACUGGGGACUGGCAGAGUUCUACCACCCGUCUCAGGAGUAUAACGUCCGAGUGGCCUCGCGGUACUUUAAAGGCCCCGAACUGCUGGUGGACUACCAGAUGUACGACUACAGUCUAGACAUGUGGAGCUUGGGCUGUAUGCUGGCCAGUAUGAUUUUUCAGAAAGAGCCCUUCUUCCACGGACAGGACAACUACGACCAGUUGGUGCGGAUUGCCAAGGUGCUUGGGACAGACGAGCUGUUCGGCUACCUGCGUAAAUACCACAUUGAGCUGGACCCGCGCUUCAAAGACCUGCUUGGACAGCAAAGCAGGAAGCGCUGGGAACAGUUUGUGCAGACAGAGAACCAACACCUGGUGAGUCCUGAAGCUCUGGACCUGCUGGACAAGCUGCUACGCUAUGACCACCAACAAAGACUGACUGCAACAGAGGCCAUGAAGCACCCCUACUUCUGUAAGAAACAUACGCAUACUACAUACAUGUUUUGCUAUAAAUGUGAGGACCUGUGAGACUGACCGUUGAGCGGCCCGACCAAGCAAGGAGG